CCUCAACAUCUCGCCGGCCACAUGGAGAAGCCGGGACAGAAGCUGAAGCAGCCGCCGCUCCCGGGGGGUGGGGCCAAGCGGCGCACCAGCAUGUUCGAGAAAGAGAAUUUUGCACAGCUGCUGAAAGAGAGAAUCAGAAAUUCAAGCCAUGAUGUUUGUGGUACAGAACCGGUGGAAGAGGAGUCUAUGGCAGAGUUUGGGAAAACUGAAUUAUUUGCACUGAAAGCAAUGACAAAAUUGAGAUAUGCUAAUACAUACAGAAUGGAGCCAAACAGUAAAUUCCAGGCUCAUUUAGUAGGAAAGAAGAUUCAGCAGAUACUAACGAAUAGACUUCAGAAAGUUAAUUAUGAUGGUGCAGCUAGCAACUUCCUGUGUACUUCGAUCUCAGAAGAAAUAAUAGCAUCUGUCAAGGCAAUGGGCUUUGAUCGUUAUAAGUAUGUAGUAACUGUACUAACUGUGGAAAAGACAGGUCAGGCAAUAAAUAUUGCCAGCAGAUGGCUCUGGGAUGUUGCAAGGGAUGACUGGGUUUCAGCUAAAUGUGAAAUGGAAUCCUUUGUUGUAUUGGCUUUGCUAGUUGCUUGUUAUUUUGAGUAAUUUUUCUAAAAGGUGCAACUAUUAAUGUAUCUCACAGCAUUGUGAAUGUUUGUUCAAAAACUUUCAAAAUAUUGAAUGCUUUCUUUUAAAUUUUAAAAUAACUGAUUUGUUAAAAAUCCACAUACUGUACUUUAAAAUUAAUUCUUUCAAGUUU